CUCGACUGAGGAUGAAUGGUCAGGUUUCGUUUUUAUCACUCAUGGAGGACUAUGUAAAAGAUGACAAGUGAAACUGGAUAUACCUGUUGGCGACGUGUCUGUGCAUUCUUCUUUGUAACAUGUAUUCUGUUUGACUGGACUGGAGCUCUGACGUGUUGGCACUGCAUAGCGGGGGACUGCGAUAUUAACCCGUCAGAUAACUACAAAGCUAUCAAGAAACCGUGCCUUCCACAACAACACUGUCAAAAGGUGUAUUUCGAGAUGUACAGUAACUUUGACAUGAAGAAGUACACGUCAACAGUGCGGAGCUGUGCGGAGGAGUGUAUACCACAGGACGAUUUCCAGAACUGUACCCAGGAUAUUUUCUUGACCCGCGGCUGUAGGAAGAAAACAUGCUGCGCCAACAAGGACCUCUGUAACUCAUCGUCUAUAGUCCAACAGCCUUUUGUUCUGAUUACUGUGUUCCUAUACACAUCGGUGCUCGUUACCCGGAAUCUUUGAUGGUGGUGACAAGUAUACACAGUGUGAGGGUAGUGAUAAUUGUACACACCGUGAGGGUGCUGGCAUUGGGAUACCUGAUGUGAUAUCACGCAUAAUUAUCGUGGAUUUCGUAUCAAACAGAAGACGAUAAUUAUGAAAUUAGAAGUAUAAAUUAAUUAUUUCAUUUUAAAAUUAUGUCUGUGUACAAAAGAGAUCUGUCGGCUUACUAGAACUACGUCUAGCCUAAAAUAAGUAAAGGAAAGUUUUAAAAUUCAGGCACGUGUGCUGGGGUGGAUGGGUCAGUUUAGGGUUUCGAAACCCCGUACCGAAAUUUUAGAUUUUCUUCAAAUAUAUUUUCCGAGGGAGUAUGACUCGACCUCCCAUAGAAAGUUCACUCGUCACAGUUAAUAUUCUUCUUUUGGAACCCUUCCCCUCAUGCCCCUGGGGGAUAUCAGAACUUCCAAAUUCACAAAAUGGUUUCCCCAUGAGCCAAGGUAGCGUCCCACAAAUUUUGGUUGGAAUUGUUUUUUCCUCUUUUGGGCUCCACCUAUCUGGCCCCGGAGGAGGAUCAGAAAUACCAAAAUUCACAAAUUGUUUUCUCCGUGUGUCAGGGAAGCUUCCCACAAAAUAUGAUUGGUAUUUAUCAGGUAAUUUUGUAGAAGUAAAAAAUUACAGUAUAAAUGCAUUUCUUUAUAUAACUAUAGUAAAGUUUGCCCCGCCCUGUGAACAAACGGGGGAUCCCACAUCAAUGGCAUUUACAAAUUAUAUAAAGCAUCUGCUGACCUUUACAUACAUGAACACUAUUCGGUUAUAGCAUUUCGGGCAGUCGAGAAGAAUAUUUGUUUUAAUGACGUUAACUGUCCCCUUUAUGACCCUGCCGCUCAGGCCCAUUGGAGUGGAGGAGGGGGUUGAAUGACCAACUUCACAAUUCUGUAGAAGAAAUUGAAUGUAUGAAAAGUUAGUGCACGACGACGGACGAUAAAAGACCGCAGUAGGUCACUUGACCCUUCUGCUCAUGUGACACAAAGCGGCCACUUUUUCUUAUUCCUUGCUCGCUAACCUUGUUAGGCACGGCCGUUGUUAAAGAGACAUUCCUGACUUUGCUGCAUUGUAAUAAGUUUCCGACUAAUACAAUAUUUCUACGAUUAAACUUACAUAUUAAAUAUAUU